AUGUUGUCAGUUUCAAGGAGGAAAUAUGAACCAGCCCACUAUAUGUUGAAGAUCGAGAAUUUUUCUGUUCUUGCUGAAGAUGAAUUUAUGAAAUUUGAAUCUGAUGUUUUCGAAGCCAGCGGUCAUAAAUGGUUAAGUGACACUGAAAGCCUCCCAAAGGGGUGGGAGGUCUAUAUCGAUGGUAACAGGACAAAGUUUAAUGGGAGUAACAAAAUCUGGGGGUUUGACAAACUCAAAUCACUCGAGUCCUUCAAAGAAAGUACAAAUGGGUACCUGUUGAAUGAUGCGUGUGUGUUUGGAGUUGAGGUUUUUGUUGUUUCCGGCUUUGCACAAAAGGAUCGAUGCUUGUCGUUUGUAAAGCCCCCGGCAGCUAUGAAUUCGUAUACUUGGACGAUUGAUAAGUUUUCUGAUCUUACAGAAGAAAAAGUUUAUUCAAGUGUCUUCAAAAUUGGCAAUGUCAAAUGGAAACUAUGCCUAUUUCCAAAAGGAAAGAAUAAUACGUCGAAUCAUUCAUCUCUCUAUAUAGGAGUACCUGACCAUGAUUUUUUUCCUGAUGGUUGGCGAGUUUAUGCAAAAUUCAAGUUUCGGGUCAAGAAUCAUAGUUCUGGACCUAACAUAGAGAAAGAAACUAAGCACUGGUUCAAUAGCUCUGCUGAUGAUUGGGGUUUGACUUGUUUUGUGCCACUGAAUGAGCUCCAUAAAUCGGCAAAUGGCUUGUUGGUGAACGAUGUUCUUAUUGUGGAAGUCCAAAUUUCAAUGCUGGCGCCUGGCGGUGGGGUAGUGGUGGCGCCGACGGGUGGCGGAGGUGGUGGCUGCAGUAGUGUCGGCAACGGUGGCGGUGUGUUGGUGGGGGCGGCGGCGGGGCCGCGGUGGGGCAACGAUGGUGGUGAAUGUGAAGGUAAUUGA